CCAGCGUCAAAUUGAGAGGAAACGAAACUUUAACGAACAGGACGUUUAAAUUCCUCCGACUGCGAUCAAGUGUACAGGGGUUUAAGAAACAGACUAAGCAUGAAAGAUAUGGAUUGUUUGCAGAAAACCAGACUCGCGCAGCUCCAAGAUUCAAACAGCAACGAAAUGCAAAGAGUUUGUCAAGAAGCUAAGGCCCUAGCCAAAGACCUCGUUGAGUAUCGCACUGGAAAGGGAAACCCUCCUCCGAGUCGCACUGCUGCAAUUUUGAGAAGGCUGUCAGAUGAACUUGAGGAUCGUCAUCCUGCAGUGCUCGCCAACAUGUGUGGAAGGCUUAACAUACUUACUGGUUCUGCACAUACAAAAUUUGUGCAAGUUGCUGACGAAGUUUUCCGCGAUGGAGUGAACUGGGGCAGAAUUGUGGCGAUUUUUGCGUUUGGAGCGAAACUAGCCCAAUACUGUUUUAGAAACAGACUCGAGAAGGAAGCAGAUGAUAUAGCUGACUGGGUUGGAAAUUAUAUUUCAAGUCUAUCGGGCUGGAUUCGAUCAAAUGGUGGCUGGGUAAGUUACUGUUAACAGACUACACCUCACAGACGCGAUAACCUGCUAUCUUUAGCAGAAUAUUAAACAUUUAGAAAACUGUGCUGACCAAUUUAUGAAUUUUUCAUAGUACAAUCUAACAGCCCUAGUAACGUCCUCACUUUUAGAAUUGUAGCUCUGUUAACGUUAACAAAGUUUCAUCGGCUAUGGAGCUUGUGCGUCGAAAGAAUAUUUAAGUCAUCAAUCAAACGACUUUCCAAAUCCUUUCAAACUCUGAAAUGCGGACGAAAAAUUCACGUUUACUUGCUUCUAUCAGAAUUUCAUCCCUUUGCAGAAAUUUCUGAUUUACUUCUGUUCUAGCAUCUUCUACCGUUUUGCCAUUCUAAGUCGAAGUAUCGUACUAUAGAAUUUUUACUAAAGCAUCUCCGUCUAGUCCUCUAAGACUUCCUGUUUCCAUAUUACGCUUACAAUCAUACCUGCAAUAUUGAUUCGAAAACGAUCAUACUCCACAAUGCAAAAUGCAAAUUCAUCCCAAAGUGGUUAGCAGAAAGAAAAGAAAUCGAUCACCUUUUAGGAGACUGCUUAGAAUUUGCGAAUUUGGAAAUACAAUUUUUGUGCUGCAGAAAUAAAACACGAGAACGCGUUGUAUCUGUUUAUGCCAAAGAAAAACGGGGAUUUAAACCUGAAAAGCUGGCCACACAACCAAAGAACUUCUGGAGAUGAAUUUAUAAAAAUAGAUUUUCGAAUGAACCCCAUACAGAGCUGACAAGUGAUAUCAAAGCUUAUUAAGAUAAUUCUUAUUCAAAAGGAGAAUGCUGUUAUGAAUAAAUUUUAAGCCACUGCAGAUAGCCUCAGGUGACAGUGAAACUCCACCAGCUACAAUAUUGUCUGGCCUUUUUUUUAGGCGCUCGCCAUCGUCCGAAGUCGUCGCGCAUAUUGCGCAAUAUUCAUUACUAAAGGCUAUUUCUUGACAUGAAAUUUUCAUUACGUUCGAGAAUUAUUCAAAGUGUCCUAGUUCAUAAAAAUUAAGCAAGCCAACUUCCAAAAUUAUUAAUUUGGGAAGAAUUAAAAUCGAUAGGCAUUUUUGCGUGCGAUAAGAUCUGAACUAUCGGCUAAAAUAUGCCAGUUUUACCAAUGGUGAUUCAACAGUGUUUAUGUGCAAUGUCAUAGUGGACGUCCUCUGACCUGCAGAGGCCCAAACAAUGGCAAAUAUGAAACAUUUGCAUUUGCUGACAGCCACCUAUUUAAUUCAUGGUAGCCAAGAGUACUUUGAACACCGAAAAAAUGUCCAAUUAGUCGCUUUACUGAGGCUUUUUUGAGAGAAGCACAUAUGGAACUAUGUAAGUUACAACUCAUCUCCAAUUUUUGAAUGACUUAGCUUAAAUGCAAAAAUUUCGUCCCAGUGUGUAAUAGCGGAUCCCGAAGACCGUUGCUAAGUUACCAGCAGGUCGGAGUCAAUUUUGGACGAAAUUCGCGAGAUUAAUUAUUUUAUGGCAGCAAAAUUAAUACCGAGUGCGGGUUAAGAACCAAAAUGUAAAUUUUUAAACACGGUUUAGUGCUUAAAUUUUGCAAUGUGCGUUUGCAUAUGCAUAAAAAUCAAUCAUUGAUUGAUAGAACACUUACAACCUUAAGAUAACCACACCUUCCGUUUGUUAGUAAACGAAAAUGGCCUGGCUAUCAAGUGUACAGAGGGUAGGCAAGACACACGCAACAAAACUAAUGUAUGCAAUUAAAAAGAAAUUGGACAAGCAGGAUUUCGUAAUUUUCUCUUUUUGAGACCACCCGCACACGGGUGAGGAUUUUUUUUUCGUUUCCUUUCUAUUGUCAUUUUAAUCAUAUAUUCACUAUAUAAAACUGCACAUCUUCGGCCUUAUCUAUCAUUUUCCCCAUCAUGUUAAGAUUUAGCCUAAACUUGGUUUACUCGAUCGGGUGCGUGAAUAUCUUCCAUGAAUCUUCUUCAGUUUCGUUCUAAAGACCAAUGAAAAUUCCCUAUUUAGAGAUUAUCGACCUAUUGUUCAAGGCGAAACGUGUAUUUAAGAAUCAUGACUGGAUCCUAUUAAGAAAUCUGAUAUUGGCACUAUUCGUUUAGUAAAUAAAAACUAUUUUCAAAGACAUUACAGACUAAAACUUAGCCAGUUAAAACGUUAAAAUUAUCUCACGGGUGAGCCAAUCUGUGUAAAUAUUGACUGGCGUUUUCGUGCCUACUUCACAGUCAUGAGUCAUUCCGUGAGCUGUUACGUGCAUUGAAUAUGCGAUAACCAUUGACGAAGAAUUUAUUAACGCGGUGUAGUUUAACACGCAGUAUCACGAAAAUGAUAUCUACCCUCCUGUCCACAAAACAACACAUUGGAUGUGAUAUAAGGCACGCCUCAGCGAUUGAAUAAGUGAAAUAAGUGUUUUAUACAGAUAAAACAUUUCUUGUAGUGUAAAAUGACCUUGAACUAAGAAUAAAUUACCCAACAAAAUAUUCAAAAUGUAUUGCAACACAAAAAUUUGCUGAUUAUGCAAAAAAAAAGAAGAAAAAAAAAGAAAAGUGAACGAAAUCUUUGAUAGAAGGAUCAACAGGGUGUGGAUAUGUUCGACACCCCCCAGCACGUCCCAAAAAUACAUAAAAACUAAAAACUAACGAGGAUUGAUAAUUACAACUAAUGCUAAUGAAUAUAUUAGUUUUCGUUGUAGGAUGUACCAACCCAAUUUGACAAAUGUUUGAAUUGAACUCACAAUUUACAUUCUGAAUCUAACAUCAGUUUUGGCGCAUUUUCAAAAGAUAUUCGACAGAUUUUACUUUGCCGUAAAAUGGUUGUCAAGCAGCGAAAUUAGUCGACUAGUUUCUACAAGAAGUUUUAAUAUGCUUUUGGACCCAGAGAUAAAGAUAUGAUAGUAUUGCACCGGACUGGACUCCGAAACGGGGGACUCAGGAUUAAGCCCUAGACGGGAUUAUCAAACUGUGUUUAAGCGAGAGGGAAUUCAUGUUUAUAACGCCCUUCACCCGCCUUCCACUCUCCCCUCCCCGCCCCCUGAGAACUAGAAUGAAUACAAGAAAUACAAUGAAAUACAAUGAAUACAAGAAAACAACAAGGGUUAUCCUAUGAUUAGUUUGCCGGAGAAAAUCAUCUUAGUUCUUCGGACGCCACCCAACAAAACCGCGAGCACGAUAACUUUCUUUCAUCCUAGAUUUCCAAAACUAUUGGACACUGAGUAUCUUAUGACUAAGAUCUAAAUUUCUUUAAAAACUGACCAGAACCAUGUAAUUUGCGAGUUAAGAAUUGAUAACGCAUAGAAAUCGAUUGAUUCUACGCUAAUAAAUUAUUAAGCGGCCUAAGAAAAACGUCCUGUGAUGCCUUGUUAACUGUCACGUAUAUACUUUAUAUUUUAUAAGUAGACUCCGGUAGAAAAAAUGAAAAAUAGUGAACUCUCCUGAUUAAAGGAUAGUGUUUUCGUUAAAUUCGGUAAAAUUUAAAGAAAAAAAGGUUGAUGACACAGUUCCUGUGGUUGAAAUGAUAAAACGUGAAACAAAGCCAUGACAUGGAUUUCGCAAUCCCUUUGUAACUUGGCCAAAAUUUGGUUAACCCACAAAACCAAAAGACAGAAUCAUCUUUUGUGACGUAAACUAAGGCCAAGGUUUAAUUCUUUUUGGGCACAAUAAUAUAUUCCUUUCUGAUGAGAAAUACUCGUGAUUACGGCGAAGCUAAGCCUUGACCCAAGGAGUCUCUUGUUUUCAAAUUGGGACCGCCACCAUUUUGAAACUGGCUAUUACCCGAAACAACUAAAGGAAAAACACAACAAUGAUGAUAAUAAAACUUCAAUCCAGAUCCUAAACACAUAUUCUUGCUAAAGAAAAAUAGUAUUUUUGACAUUAUAGCUUAAUAAGAAUCAUUAUCAUCUUAAAAAAGGGAAAAGAUAAAUGAAAACGAGUGACCUAUUCACAAUUAAUAAUAACAAAAGUAAUUUUAAAAAAUAGCUAGAAGCAAUUAGAAAUAGACGCCAAACCUUUCAAACUCAAAACUGAUUCAAGUUAAAUGUAACCAAAAAUAAAUUGUCCACGCGCAGAGUACUCUCUGACCCACACUCUCAGAGUUUUGGUUGUGAAAAAUUUGCCGAGUGCUUUGAGACUACUGAAAGCAACUCGAAGCCUUAACAAAUCUGUUAUUUUUUUCAAUAUUUUUCUAAACAGGAGGCGUUUAACCAGAUCUUUAGCGAGGCAUAUGACGAAAGAGACAGGUCGUGGUGGAAAAAACUGUGUCUGGCUGCGGUGGGGUUUGGCGCACUGGCGACAUUAGUCUAUCAACAGUCAAGUUGACUUGAAUUCCACAUCAAACAUCGGUAGCUAUCGAAAGACAGUACAUAGGAAGAGUUGAGAGAUUUGUCUUCUGAAUUCCGUUCCCUCGUUUCCAUAAAACAACGAACGGUUAUACAAAAAAUAUCAUUUUCGCUUGAAUACGCGCUCUUAAAACUGCAUUCCUCAGUUGAAAGAGCCGCUUACUGCAAACCUUUGGGGAAGUAGGAAGUAUUUUCCAGCAGAGAAGUCCUAAAAAAGCGCCUAGUCAACAUUAAAGAGGGGAUACCAAGCUUAUUUGUUUUUUAUCAUAAAUUAUUGCUUUUUUCUAGACAGAGUGAUUUCGCACACUCAUGAGCCCCCAAUACCAACAGAGCUAGCCAGCGCUCUCACGCAGCCGGUGUAAAAGACGAAGUUUUUUAAGAAAAAUACAUUUCGCUCACACUGUGCUAAGGAGAUAAUACGAAACUGCCUCUAGUGAAAUUGAGUUUUAUGCGAGUAUCUGAUGCUGGCAUUUAGGACAACUAUUUUUACCAAAACAUCUUUGUUACGAUUCAUUUUAUAUAGAACAACGUGUAUUAAUUCAUCUCCACGCUGACUCACAUGCUUCGUAAAAGAAAAUUACAGUUUUUCUAGAAUAUAAGAAACCAUGAUAUCCAAUUGCAACUUAGUUCACGUAAAGUUUGGACCAAACGGUCUGAUUUAAAAGUGUAUAAAGACAUUGCCUCCCAGUUUCCGUUGAUAGUGAUAUAUUUAUCAUAAAAGAUUCUUAAAAUCGAGGUUUUAGUAGGCAAGGUCCGGUACCGCCAUAGUUUUUAUUUAUAUACUAAAUUCCUCCAUAAUUUUGUAGCCAUGACUAAAUACAGAAAUGUUAGAUAUAUAGCCAGUCAUAUUUUAUGUAGGAUAAAAUUCACUAAUAUUUAAGGGCUGACAUAUACGUACCUAUUAUUUAAUGAAGGAAUUCCAUUCCAUGCUAAUUUAUGGGUUUUUUUUUGCGAGUCUGAUGUAUCUUUGUGCGCAUAGAGCGCUUUUCGAUUGAGUGUCGUUAUAAAAAUGCCGAAGUAAUCUCAACAGCCAAUCAAAAGAAAGAAAGGAAAAUGCCCCUUAACGGGACCACUGAGAAAUCAAAGUAAUAACCAAACUGGCCAAAGCGCGGGAAACGCUGGCGACCAAGAC